UCUUUUGAAGUAACAAAAGCCAGCAAUUUAAUAGUCAAUUACUAGUAGGACAGAUAAAAGUGUCGAAGUUCAAAUUUUAAGUUCAGUGUACCCCCCAGCUUUGGGUUAAUUUUCUGAAGAGAUAAGUAAUAUUCAGACUGGGAAUUCAGUCAAUAGAAUCGUAGAAUCGAAUAAAGUUCGUCAUCGGCUUUAAAAGUUUUCUUUAGUGUCACAAGUGUGUGCCAUAUGUGGAUGAAAGCGGACGCUCAGUUGAGUUUUGGUGACUUAAGUAAUUUUGUGGUAUGCGCUAGUGAAUUUGCGUCGUAAAGGCAGACUAGUCUUCCUAGAAGCGAAACAGGUACUUCGGUUGUGAAGUUGUUUUGAGAGAUCUGUUUCCAACACACCGGCGCUUUAGAGCUUUAGUCUGUAUGCUUGAAUAAUUCCAGCAAAAUUUUGCUGGUUUUAUCAGCAGCCAUGUGCGUUGAAAAUUCGUCAAAUAGACUGUUUAUUUGGAGAUAUACAUUCUUCUUAAUUGCAUGUAUAUUUGGUAGCUUUGUUGACGCUCGAGAAUCGACAAGAGUACAUCCUUUCAGAGCUUCACAUACUGAUAGGGGGGACCAACCCCCUCCACCCGAUGAUGAUUACAGUGAAGGAGACAUUCUUGAUGUUCACCCUUUAGCUGAACCAUUCAACGUGAGACAAACCUUUGGUUAUGGUAAAAACCAGGGUUAUUCCCCUGCUAAACUACAUCCAUGUGAGCAGAGCUCUUGUUACCCUGCUACAGGCAACUUACUCAUAGGGAGAGAAUCCCAACUCUAUGCCUCUUCAACUUGUGGACUUCAUGGACAAGAGAGAUACUGUAUAGUUUCCCAUUUACAAGAUCGAAAAAAAUGUUUUUGGUGUGACUCAAGACCGACAAAUAAGCCUAAUCCGCAGCUUAAUCAUAAUAUCAGCAAUAUAGUAUAUAGACUGUACCCUGGAACAAGACAAAAGUCUUGGUGGCAGUCAGAAAAUGGAAAAGAAAAUGUGUAUAUUCAACUUGAUUUGGAAGCGGAGUUUCACUUCACGCAUUUGAUAAUAACAUUCAAGACUUUCAGACCUGCUGCUAUGCUUAUUGAGAGGUCUUACGAUUUUGGAAAGACUUGGCAGGUAUAUAGAUACUUCGCUCAAAAUUGCCUGGAGAAUUUCGGAAUAGCAGCCAAAUAUCCGGUAAAUUUGACAGAUAUAGUUUGCGAGUCGAGAUACUCAAAUGUUGCUCCAUCAACAGACGGAGAAAUUAUAUACAGGGUCCUACCUCCUACACUUCAUAUUGACAACCCUUAUUCUACUGAAGUACAAAACUUGCUGAAAAUGACCAAUUUACGUAUCAAUUUCACCAAACUUCACACCUUAGGAGACGAUCUGUUGGACAAAAGAAGUGACUUACAGGAAAAAUAUUACUAUGCCAUAACAGAUAUGGUAGUUAGAGGAUCUUGUUCCUGUUAUGGGCAUGCAAAUAGAUGUUUGCCUCUUCCAGGCAUAGAUCCAAAACCGGAUAUGGUCCAUGGAAGAUGCGAGUGUACCCACAAUACAAAAGGAAGAAACUGUGAGAAAUGUGAGGAUUUCUUCAACGAUUUACCUUGGAGACCUGCAAUAGGAAAACAGACCAAUGCCUGCAAAAGGUGCAACUGUAAUAACCACGCAACAAGUUGUCAUUUUGAUCCAGCCCUAUAUGAAGCUACAGGAAGAGUAAGUGGUGGUGUCUGUGUUGGGUGUAUGCAUAACACGAUUGGACCAAACUGCGAUCAAUGCUCCAACUUCUAUUACAAAGAUCCAGAGAGAGAUAUCCAAGACCCUGAAGUUUGCAGACCUUGUGACUGUGACCCAGAUGGAUCUUUAGACGGAGGAAUAUGUGAUUCAGUAACAGACGAAGCGAACAACCUCAUAGCUGGCAGAUGCCAUUGUAAGAAGAACGUUGAAGGAAGACGUUGUGACACCUGUCAAAACGGUUUUUGGAACUUCACCAACGAAAACCCUGAUGGUUGUCAGUCCUGCACCUGUAACACUCUGGGAACAAUCGACAACCAAGGUUGCAACAUGAGAACUGGAGAGUGUUUCUGUAAGAGGUACGUCACUGGAAGGGAUUGUAACCAGUGCCUACCAGAAUUCUGGGGGUUGUCCGAGAAGAAAGAUGGUUGCCAGUUUUGCGACUGCGAUCGUGGUGGUUCUGUAGAUAAUAAUUGCGAUGUGAUAACUGGACAGUGUCAGUGUAGAGAACAUAUGACUGGCAGAAGAUGCGAUACACCGAAACAACAAUAUUUCACAGCUAGCUUAGACUUCCUACUGUACGAAGCUGAGUUUGCUAGAGCUUCACCCAGUUGCCAAGUUGUCAUUCGAGAACCAUACCGCGAUGGUAGACCCAACACUUGGACAGGCACAGGUGUUUUGAAGACCUUCGAAAACGCUUAUUUUGAAAUCUCUACCAAUAACAUCCAGAAAACUUCGAAGUACGAUAUUGAGAUCAGAUAUGAACCAACCUCACCGCAAGUUUGGGAAGAUGUAGAGCUAACAGUGUCAAGACCUGGACCUCCAGAUCCAAAUGGACCUUGUGCAAACUCGCCUGAAAUUGAAACUAGAAAAGUCAUUUUGGACCCUAGUUCCAGAAGAUUUUUAGCUAAUCCACCAGUUUGCUUCGAAGCAGGAACUCCUUAUAGGAUCAAAAUGGAAUUCAAAAGAUUCGAUAAGAGAAAAGAAUCGCCAACUGCAUCUGUUCUCAUCGAUUCGUUGGUACUCUUACCUUCAAUUGAAGACAUCCCUUGGUUCUCAACCAAUACUACCGAUGGUCUGCAUAACCAUCAAGAAUUUGAAAGGAAUAAUUGCUACGAACCCGAGUAUUACAGAAAUCCAGAAACAGCCCCAGAAAUAUGCCAAAACAUGUACAACAGUAUUGGUGCAUUCGUAUUCAACGGUGCCUUCAACUGUCAAUGUGAUCCUGAAGGAUCUGAAAGCAAAUUCUGUCGAAAAUCUGGAGGAUACUGUACUUGCAAACCGAAUGUCGUUGGAAGAAGGUGUGAUAGAUGUGCACCAGGAACUUAUGGUUUUGGUCCAGAUGGUUGCAAAGCCUGCGAUUGCAACAGCAUUGGAGCCUUGGAUAACUUCUGCAAUGCUACUACAGGCCAGUGUAAAUGUCGUGCAAACACUUAUGGCAGAGAAUGUAACAGAUGUAGGAAUGGUUUCUGGAAUUUCCCCAACUGUGUCAGAUGCGACUGUAAUGGACAUUCUGAUACUUGCGAUCCUUUGACAGGAGCUUGUGAGGAAUGUAAGGACAAUACUGAAGGACACACCUGUGAUCGCUGUAAAGUCGGCUUCUAUGGUGACCCACGUUUGAAUGUGGAUAUUCCUUGUAGACCUUGUCCUUGUCCAGGUGUUGGUAAUCACUCGUUUGCAAGUAGCUGUUCUCUAGACCCCUACACCAAAGAUGUCAUUUGUGAUUGUCAAAAAGAAUAUUCAGGUUCAAGAUGUGACAUUUGCUCAGAUAACUACUACGGUAAUCCUGAAGUACCUGGUGGAAAAUGUCAGAAAUGCGAUUGCAGUGAAAAAAUCGACGAAUUGAAACAAGGGAAUUGCGAUCCUCACACUGGCAAAUGUUUGCAAUGUCUGUAUGACACCACAGGAGACCAUUGUGAAGUAUGUAAGCCAGGAUACUUCAGGUAUUCAGAAGAAGAGAUGUGUGAAGAAUGCGUUUGUCAUGCCUUGGGAACAAACCGAACAACUGGUCCAUGUGAUCCAAAUACUGGACAAUGUCCAUGUCUACCAUAUGUGACAGGUCUUCACUGUAAUAAAUGUAUUGAAAACUACUGGAGGAUCGCUAGUGGGGAAGGUUGUUCAUCAUGUGAUUGUGAUCCAUCUGGUUCAGUUCAAGCCCAAUGUAAUGAGUAUGAUGGUCAAUGUGAAUGUAAACCAGGCUUUGGAGGAAGACAAUGUAAUGAAUGUAUGGCUCAGUUUUGGGGAGAUCCUAAGGUCGAAUGCAAAGAGUGUCACUGUAAUAACCAAGGAUCCAAGACAUUGCAGUGUGAUAUGAGAAGUGGUGAUUGUAAAUGUUUACCAGGAAUCGGUGGUAAAAAGUGCGACACAUGCGCAAGAGGAUAUCUUGGAAAUUCUCCUAAAUGCUAUCCAUGCGGAGAAUGUUUCGACAAUUGGGAUAGAAUACUUGACGAUAUGAAGAACAACACCCUUGAUUUGAUCAAGAAAGCAGGACUGAUCAAGAAAGUAGGCGCCAGAGGCGCAUACACCAAAGAAUUCGAUGAUAUGCAAAAUCAAUUGGAUGACAUCGAACAACUAUUGAAUAAUUCUGAUGAUGUCGAUGUUGAAGCAAUAAAUGAAGAAUUGAGUGGUUUGAGAAUGAAAUUGAACGUAACUGAGCAAGACAAACUGAAAGAUCUAGAUGAAACUCUUGCUAACACAAAGGAGAACGUGCUUUUGACCGAAAUCAGAAUGAAUAAUUUGAAAGAUCGCAUCGACCAACUCAACAAUAAAAUAAAAGAAUUACAAAAUAAUGGAACCCAACUUCAGGAGCAUAACGUACAGGGUGCACUGUCACUGAUUCAAGCUGCUAAGGCUAAAGCUGAUGAAGCUGUCCAGAAUGCUGAAAAUACACAAAAAACGAUCAGCGAGAGUGAAAGGCAGUGCAAAUCAGCGGAAAACUUCCUGAAUACCACGAAAAAUACUUAUAAAACUCUUUUGGAUGAAAAUUCCUUGAAACUUGAGAGUAUAGCAAACAACACCGAACAACUAAGUCGAAUUUUACCAGAUCUCAACGAGUUAGUUUGUGAUGCCCGUGGUGAUCCUUGUGAUUCAAUAUGUGGUGGUGCUGGUUGUUCAAGUUGUGGAAGCUCAAUUUCUUGCGAGAAAGGUGCUAAACAACAAGCAGAAACAGCUCUAAGUCUGGCCAACAGUAGUGAGAUAGCUUUAAGAACCAAAGAAGGAAUUAUAAACAAUUUUAUCAGAAAUGUUUCUCAAAUAAAUACCAAUGAAAGUAAAAAACUCGCAUUGGGAGCCUAUCAAGAAGCCGAGAAACUAUUCAAUAAAUAUAAUUCUACCAAUGUUAACGUCAAUAGUUUAAAAUCCAAAAUAGCAACAUUUUUGGAGAAGAAUAUUACAGAUCCUGAAAUGGUGAAGGAACAUGCUAAGAAGGUUCUAGGAAAAAAAAUUGAUGAUUCAACACCGGAAACCAUCAAAAAGUUAGCAAGUGAUAUUAAAAAAAAAGUUGAUUUGUUGACCAAUACAGAAUCUAUUAUUCAGGCAACUAGAGAAGAUCUCAUUAUAGUGAAUCGUUUGAAAGAAGCAGCAGCUGAUGCAAGAAUGAAAGCUGGGAACUUAUCAUCAGAUGCUAACGAAGUGAAGAAGGCCUUAGAAAACUCAACUAAAGCUCAAGAAAAUGCUGAAAAAGCUAUCAACAAGGCUUUGAAUAACACUGCAGAGGUUAACAAACUUUUGACAGAGAUCAAAGAGAAGACUGUAUCUGCUGAAGAUAAGACAAACUCAACCACUGAAACUAUAAAGAAGUUAGCUGAGAAAUUGAACGAUCUACAGCAGAACAUCACGAAUAAUGGUAUAUACGCUAAUCGUGUCAAGAAUGAGACUGCUACAAUCUUGAAAAAUGCAGAGAAAGCGUAUGAAAAUUUCAAUUCUCUGCAUUCAAAAUACGAAACUGCCAGACACAAACUGAACAAUAACAUGAAUAACGUUAACUCUCUCAAAGGAAAGGCAGACAUAUUAUUCCAGAAGGUAGUUUCUUUACUUGCUCACAUCACCAAAACAGAAGAAGCAAUAACCAAACUAGAGGCUUCAUCACAACAAGAUCCUUCAAGCAUGGAGAAUCAACUAGCGUUGUUGAUCAGAAAAGCCAAUAAUUCCACCGCUGAAAUUGAGAAGAGAAUUAAAUACUAUAAGAAUUGUAGUUAGAUUGUUCAAUAUUUUUUGUACAUAAGUAGCUAGUAAUGAUGAGUAUUCAGAUACGAGCAGUAAUGCUCGAAAUGAAGAUGUUAUCUUAAGAAUCUCUAUAAGAUUCAUACAAAAUAGUUGAUAUCUGCUUGGCUUUUUUUUGAGCUGCUCGUUUACGUGUUCACACAAUUUGUACCAAACCAAUUUAUUUAUAUUAAACGAUUAUAAAACUGG